AUGUCGACUUUCAUGCCGUUGCCUCGGCUGUGCUUUUACGCAUUCACUGAGUCCAGAAGUUCUCAAUUUAUUGUAACGAGACAAUUCUUUAAAAUCGUUGGAAAUCGUGAUGGUCUUCCUGUUCCAAUAGACGACACUAUUCUCGCGCAGAUCACUGCUAUCCACUUCGAAAUCCUCAUCCGCGUCAUGAUGGUGAACGCGUUCGACGGCUGUGAGAAAUCGUUUCUCUCCGAGCGUGUGGGAAGCGGAAAGCAGAAGGUGUUUUCUGGGGUAAUCUACACUGAUUUAUUCUCUAGUGGAAACACACUCCCAGUAGUUCCUAAUGUUGAUCUGUAUAUGGGAGAAGAAGGCAUGGUGUUUAUGAACGAUGAACCAUGA